AUGUUAGAUAGUGACAAGUGGGUGGCCCGUCGUCAGUGGUCACGGCCGACGCAGCCCUCACCGCCCACCGGCCUACUAGAUGUAAAAACAAGAUUAACAACUUCACCAGGUGUGAGCGAGCGAUUAGCUGCUUUAGUGCCAGGAACCUCGUUUUUCCUCUUCGGGAGUGGUGACGGAAGUGGGCGAGGGCUGGUGCAACGCAGGAAGGAGGUGGGUUGGUUUCGGCGACCCGUCCACUACCCUACACUGCUUCACGACGUUGGGGCGACACCCUCCUCCAGAUACGGCCUCACAGGUGUGGGCGUUAUCCCCUACAUGAUGAACGUGAACAUGACCCUAGACACCCAGGACCUGGCUCUGGGACGUCGAGUCGCUGCUGCCCUCCGAGCUUCCUCUCCCGGCGGCCUGCCAGGUGUGCAGGCUAUGGCGUUUCCCCACGAGGGCCAGAUAGAGGUGGCCUGUAACGUGGACCUGCUUCCUGCCCACCUCGCUUCGGCUGGUUGCCACACGAUGAGGUUGUCCUUGGGCGGUCAGUAUAUGUACACGCCCGCAGAUGUGAUCGAAGGACGGGUCCUGAAGGAGGCUGGUGGCGUAGGUGUGGUGGGGAGGACCCUGAUUGGUUUCACACCCGAGGAAGCGCGCUCCCUGGCUAUCCACGCCCUUACCCACGGCCAGGCGGAGGCGUGGAGGAACGCCAGAGAGAGGAGGAUGUAGUAUGAAUUCUAGGACCGGCUGAGCCUUCUGUGUGUUGACUUCUAUUAUGUUGAGGCUCAUAUAUGCUGAACGUUUGUGGGUUAAGAUUCAUUUGUGCUGACUUCCUGUGUACUGGGACUCACCUGUGUUGACUUUCUUGUGUGUUGGAUCUUUCUGGGAUAAACAUUUUAUUUUUUAAGGCUACUAUUCAUUACAGUUAAUAUUACAAUUAAAAAAAAUAAGGGAAAUUAAUUCUUCAAGUUAAACAACGCUAAGAUCUGGCUGGCAGUAAGUGGAUGGAGCGAGAGAGGGGGCAAGAUAGUCUUCCUAAUAUUCACUUGCUGAGGUCGACGCUUGUCAAAGAGAAAUCAGGUCCAUGUCCUCAAGUUGCUGGCUGUCUCUGUAUUUUAAAAUAUGAGUGUAAAAUAUGGGCACUGAAUACUGAUGAAUAAGCGUUAAUUAUCACUGAGCACCGCUAAAAUUUGUUGAACUAUAGACUAGCGUUAGGUGAUGGUAAAUAACAUUGUUAUAUAGCAGAUCAAGUACUGUAAUACCUCCCGCGACACAUUGCGUAUAGACCACCAUUAUUCUAACUCAUUGGUUUCCAAUCCUUUUCAUGUCAUUUAUCCAUCAGGUAAAUGUCGAAAAUUUAAAACUUACCUAACCUAUAAAGUGUCUAGUAAAUCUUGGGUUAAAACGGAUUCCUCAUAAGUUUUAGGGAAGAUGAAAACCUUAAAAAUUAGGGGAAAAUAUAACUUAGUCAACUUUUGUAUGCUAUACAUUCAACUGCUGUCAACAUGAAACCUUAUCAAAAACACCCCCCAAAAAAAUCGCACACAAUUAGUUUAAAUAAGUUGAAACUUUCAAAUUAAAAAGAAGAACAAGGCUUCAUAUGCAAAACACCCCAAAAGGGGCAAUUACCCACAGCUUGGGAAUUGGCGGGCCUCCUGUAAGCAAUGUUUAAACACUCGACAUGUAGACGCCGGCUGCGUAUUGGAACCUGACAUCAUGUACUGCAAGGAAAGGUAGGAAGAUAACAUGUAGCCUCACUCUCAUAGGAUCUGCACUAAUGAAAAUAAAAAUGGAAUUUUUAUUUACGUAUUUUUGAAGGCUUAUGGUGGUAUUAAAAGUUGUACAAUAAAUGUAUGGAAUGGA